UUUAUAAUCUAAAGUCAAUCAAUCUGUUUGUCUUUCUUUCUGUUCCUUCCUCUGUUUUUCUAAAUUGGUAAAUGAAUCCUUAUUACAUAGUAAAAGAGGAGUACCUGGGAUCGAGUUCAUCACAAUCGGGAGUGAUGGCUCCGCCGCAGCCAAUGGAAGGCCUCCACGACACGGGGCCACCCCCAUUUCUGACUAAAACUUAUGAAAUGGUUGAUGAUUUGAAUACUAAUCAUAUUGUUUCUUGGACCAGAGGCGGUGGGAGCUUUGUUGUUUGGGACCCUCACGCCUUGUCCACUGCUCUUCUUCCUCGAUACUUCAAGCAUAAUAACUUCUCCAGCUUUGUCCGGCAGCUUAACACUUAUGGAUUCAGAAAGAUUGAUCCAGGUAGGUGGGAGUUUGCAAAUGAGGGAUUUCUGAGGGAGCAGAAGCAACUUUUGAGGAACAUCAAGAGGAGGAAGGCAACAUCUCAGCCGCUUCCUCCGCCGCAAGCGCUUGGUCCUUGUGUUGAAGUGGGGCGGUUUGGACUAGACGGGGAGAUUGAUCGUUUGGUGCGUGACAAGCAGGUUUUAAUGAUGGAAUUAACGAAACUUAGACACCUGCAGCAGAAUACAAGAGCCUAUCUUCAAGCCAUAGAACAAAGGCUACAAGGCACAGAAAAGAAGCAGCAACAAAUGAUGUCUUUCUUGGCUAGAGCAAUGCAAAAUCCUGUCUUUCUACAGCAGUUAGUGCAGCAAAAACAGAAAAGGAUGGAGCUUGAGGAAGCCAUGACUAAGAAAAGAAGAAGGCCAAUUGAUCAAGGACCAAGUGGAGUUGGUAGUAGUAGUGAAGGGACAAAUCCCAUCAAAGCUGAGCCCUUGGAAUUUGGGGAAUACGGGUUUCAGGUGUCUGAACUGGAAGCACUGGCAUUGGAAAUGCAAGGAUAUGGGAGAACAAGGAGGGAGCAAGAGGAUGGAAAUGCAGAUAUAGAGGCACCAGAGAGUGGUGAUAGAGAACUUGAUGAUGGAUUUUGGGAAGAGUUAUUGAAUGAGAGGUUUGAAGGAGAAUUAGAUAUUCCAAAUUCUGAAGCAGGUGAAGAUGAAGAUGUGAAUGUUUUGGCUGAUCGUUUUGGGUAUUUGGGUUGAAGCCCCAGGUAAAAUAUAUGGGCAGUUGUUUGAUUCUACAGUUUACACUGCUCUAUCGAUGAUGACAGUUCCUUCUGGGUGGGAGGCUUCUGCAAAGCGAGCCAUCAGUUUGUAUUUUCCAUUGUGGUGUUUGGAUUUCUUGAAAUGCCAUUAGGCAAUAAUAUUCACCUGCAUUUCUUGCUAUAUUGACAGGACAGAAGAAUAACCAAGCAGUGUACCAGUGGAAAAAUAUCUUGUUUCUGGUGUUUCUAACCCUGUAUUCCAUUUUCUUUUGUUCCAAAAAUUUUCAAUUUUGUACAUCUUUUUUUCUCUUAAAUUUUCUCUUAUCUUGGUUAGGUUGAAGGCAGUGCUUGGAAGAUUCACUAUCAUGAUUUGUCUCUGAAGAUUGUAGAUUGUCCUGAAGCUGUUGAAAUGGACAACAUCAUGUAGCUGCAAAUUCCUGGAACCAUCAUUACUUGUUGCUAUUGGACUCAAGAAUUACUUGAUCUUUUUCCUGGGAUGGCAACUGGGUUCUCAAUUCUCAUUGGUGAUUUUCAUCUCCAUAUGUGCUUCCAAGUGGCUGGACAUCGAUGUGCAUUGAAACAGCAGAGUGAACAAGUGGGGAAAUGCCUUCUUAGAAAGCAGUUGAUCCAGAAAUAGCAGGAUUUAGCUGGAGAUGCUUUGCAGUGAAAAGGUAAAUUCCUUUCUGGAAACAAGUAAUAUUGGGCCUGCUCCUGUUGUAAGGUGAUAAAAAAUUAUCUUUGUUUUAACGAUGCACAACUCUUAAAGAUGUAACUUAAAUAAAUUAUAUAUGCAGCAUUUUUUUUUAUC